GCUGCCGGGAAUCUAAUGGAUCCCUGCUGCACAUCUCUCUUACAUGACCUGUUUAUUCACCUAUUGCAUUCGGUUCGGUUAUAGCCGGGGCUUUGGUGUCUGUGUUGCCCCUGUGGUGCGCUGUGUCUCCGCUGAUCCGGGUAGAUGGAGGCUGUGAUGGAUGCAGGGGUGCAUCAGGAUGGGGAGACGGUGCCUGGCGAGGCGGAGGGACUGGAGGAGAGCAACGCAGAGAAGGAGGCGUUGUGCCGGAAUGGGUACCUGCAGGGGGGCCGGUGUCAGGGCAUCGUGUGGAGAAACGUUGUCUUCAUGGCUCUUCUGCACCUCGGGGCGGUUUAUUCGCUCGUCCUGGUGCCCGGAGCGCAGCCUCUCACCUGGAUAUGGUCAUACGCGUGCUUCAUCAUCACAGCCCUGGGUGUGACAGCAGGAGCCCAUCGUCUGUGGAGCCACAGGUCCUACAAGGCCAAACUUCCUCUGAGGGUUUUCCUUGCUGCUGCCAACUCCAUGGCUUUCCAGAAUGAUAUUUUUGAAUGGGCACGAGACCACCGUGUGCACCACAAGUACUCUGAGACAGAUGCUGAUCCCCACAACGCGAUGCGGGGUUUCUUCUUUUCCCACGUAGGCUGGCUGUUCGUGCGGAAACACCGGGACGUCAUAGAAAAAGGCAAGAAGUUAGACGUCAGCGACCUCCUGGCUGACCCUGUUGUGAGGCUUCAGAGGAGGUACUACAAGACGUCAGUCCUGGUCAUGUGUUUUCUGAUUCCCACAUUAGUGCCGUGGUAUUUCUGGGGGGAAAGCCUGUGGAAUGCCUACUUCCUAGCAUCAAUCUUACGUUACACGAUCUCCCUCAACCUAACCUGGCUGGUCAACAGUGCUGCACACAUGUACGGGAAUCGGCCCUAUGACAAGAACAUCAGUCCACGAGAAAACCGCUUUGUUACUUUUGGAGCUAUUGGUGAAGGCUUCCACAACUUCCACCACACUUUCCCGUUUGACUACUCCACCAGUGAGUUCGGUCUGCGCUUGAACCCCACCACCUGCUUCAUUGACCUCAUGUGCUGGUUUGGCUUGGCCAGCAACAGGAAGAAGGCAUCAGUGGAGAUGAUUCAAGCUCGCAAACAAAGGACAGGGGAUGGGAGCGCCUGAGGAGACUACAGAUACUAACAUAAAGCGAGGGCGUCCUUACCAAGAGGGAUAUCAGGAUAUUCUCCACUUUGAGUUUUGUUUCACAUUAUGUAAUGAACAGUUUUCAUUUUUAUUUAUAGGCCAUCAAAAGGAAUAGCAUAGUUCUGUUAUUGGGUGAAAACCUCUUAUCUUCAAAAUGUAAACUGUGCAGGAGCUAAGAAACACAACUUUGUCUGCAGCUUGACGGUCACGCAUUUUUCAGUGUAAUCAGUUUUGAAAUCAUUUCAUAAACACCAGACAGGCUUUAGAAGUAGGAGAGCAUGUGAUCUCUCAGCUGGAGGUAAAACAUGGAAAUUGCCAACACUGGAAGUACAAGGUUUUCACCCUCAGUAAAUGCAUCUUCUUCAGCUUCCCAAAGAGUAUUCGUAUGGAAGUUUCAUGGCAGCGUAUUUUAUCCAUGAAUUAAUUUGUAGCCAGUCCUCCAGUGGAAACGUUGAAUACAGAGAUUUUCAGAGGUAAUUUCCCCAAAACCUGCAAAUUUGACCACUUUUGUCCUCGAUGACACCACUGUGGUCAUGUCUAUGUUGGAGGGAUGCGAUGAGACCCUUGAAUAACAAGAAGCAUCUCACCCGUUGCCUCUCACAUUUGAUUUGAUUGAUUUGAUUACACAUUAUUAUACAUGGUCACUACAGAAUAUUCAGGAUCUUAUUUCAGCAUCUCAAAUAAACCUCAAAUCACUCAGCAAUUCAUGGUGUAUGCUCUAUCGACCCCUGCAACAUCCCUCAAGGUGUCCUUCAAGGGCACAGUGCUCUUCAGGUGUGAAUUUAGGCAAACGUACAUGUGAGAGCAGCAUUUACACCAACAGCUUCAUAGCUUUUGUUCCCAUUUUGUUCCCAUUCUGGCUCACCUUCAUAUCAGAGGUGAGAGUCCUCCAUGUGGCUUGUUUACAGCUUCCUGUCCAUCAUCCCCUCACUUGCUUCCCUGGUGCGGAGAGUCUUUUUCACAUGGAAGAAGAUCAGCAUCAUGAACUUGUACCUCCAACGGGCGUUUCCCAAAUGUGGAGAGAAAUGUGAGAUACUGAAGAAAUGUUGAAUGUGAACCUUCACGGUUCUCUUGCCUUACCAUGAUGUAGAAUGUAUUUGUUUUUGGUUGUGUUUACUUGUGGGUUAUCUUGUACUGGAAUUAAAUGUGUUUGAUGGCAUUGAAAACCCCAAAAUGUUUGGAAAUGCGGGGGGAUUGCUAGAGUGUGCUAUCUUUGGACAGUAAAAGCUAAAACGUAUCUAAUCUUCUAAUCUAAACUGUUGAGAUAUCAGUGCAUAUAACAAGCAGCAAAUAAAUAUCAUUAUAAAAAGGAAUGUCCCCGUUCAGCUAGAUAGAGCUGUAUAUUAUUUCAUUAAAGAUAAGGUCACUUAUGUGUAAUAAAUUGCAAUGCAGCGUUCAGACACCUGUUUUGAUUACAGCCCCUUUUUGCUUUGAGUAUACUUUAUCAAGGAACUAAAUAAUUUUAAUAUCGACCAGCUGAUAAUGACUGGAUUGUUAUGUGUCUUUCGUCGCUUUCGACUGAUGUGAUGAAAAAUGACUCUGGACAGGGAUAGCUUAAGAAACCAGGUUCAUUAUGAUUUGUAAUGUAACGUCUCAUUACUGUCUUUGUUUAUUUAUUUAACUAAUAUGCUGAAGGUUUGGGACAUCAGAGUAAUAUAGACAGUGCAGAAACUUAUAUAAUAGCACUCUGCUUUUAUAUGUAAAUCGUACAUUUUUAUAGAUUUGCUUCAUGCUGGAAUGUUAUAUUUGAUUGCAUGUGCAUCGAAAUGUAUCUUUUGAAUCCCUCUAUUCUGUCUCUUUGAAUCAUGACUGAAAUACACCUGAACUCUCCAGCGUCCACCGGGUGAGCAUUAGGAAGCAACUUUCUCUUACAACGCUGCCAUCUAGUGUGUAUAGCUUGUAUUUCAGGCCUGACAUAUAAAUCUGUUCUGUGCUGUGCAAUAUAAAUAUUUUUCAAUAAA